AUGGAUCGGGACGGUGCUUCGCCAUGGAUGGCAGCCUUCAGCAGGGCACCCAUGUUAGAUGUGCUCCUGGAACAUUUUGAUACUUUGCGCCCCGAAUCGAAGAGCAAGAUCUGCAGUUGCAAUCCAGAAACGAUUCAAGGUGCCGCAAGCAAAGGAGACUCUGGCGUGUUGCGAAAGCUGCUCCGCCGCGGAGGAGACGUUAAUGCAGUGGACGGCCAAAGAAGAACAGCCUUGCAUCUUGCAGCGAGUAAUGGGCACCGAGAGGCUGCCGAGCUACUACUCAACCAAAAAUCCAUUGAUUUGGCUGCGCUGGAUCAAAGAAACGGCACGCCGCUCCACGCAGCUGCAAUGGGCGGACAUCUCGCAGUGGUAGAUCUGUUGCUGCGUCAAAACGCUCUCGUAAACUGCAAGGACGAUUCUGGAAAUACCCCGCUGUGGUAUUCGACUUCUAGUCAUCGCGACGAUGUCACAGAGAGACUUUUGACUGAAAUUGACGUGGAUGUCAAUACAGUCGGAGGAGGGGGAGAUAUGAUGAGCCUUCUACUUCACUAUACCAUCUGGCAAGAAGAAUGGACACAGUUGUUCUACGAUGGUUCCUUAGCUGUUCACAAGACAUGUGAGGUUUGCCUACAUCUAAUAACUUUUAUCAAAUAA